AUGUGUUACAAAUUAAAUAUUGAUGGAUCUUGCUGCCCGGCUCUAUGCACUUAUGGCAUUGGUGGAGUUAUCCGCAAUCAUCAAAGCAAUUCGGUCAUACGAUUUGCAGGAUGUGUCAAUCAAGGCAACCCUAUCCAAAUAGAACUUCUUGCACUCCUCAAAGGCUUACAAAUUGCUGUCAAGCAAAAGCUCUUACCACUCACCAUUGAGACUGAUGCACGGAAUAUAAUUGGUAUGUUAAAAUCACCUGCUAUGAGCUGUAUUAAUAUUGUUGAUGAUUGCGGGUCCUUGCUCCAACAGCUGGAUAGCGCAUCUGUACAAGUUAUCUAUAGAGAGCAGAAUGAUGUAGCAGACAAAUUAGCUAAAUAUGGUGCAACGCAU